AUGUCUUCAUUAGAAAAGAUUCAAAUAUAUGGGAUUCGUUCUUUUAACCAAAAUCGACCACAGAUCGUUGUUUUUCAAACACCUCUCACCAUUAUUGUUGGGCCCAACGGAUCCGAAAAAACAACUAUAAUAGAAUGCUUAAAAUACGCGACCACAGGUGACGUGCUAAAGUUGGUGGUGCCUUUAUUCAUGAUCCAACGCUUGUUAACGAAACUGAAGUUAAAAUUACAAUUUAAUAGUGUUAAUGGAAGGAAAAUUACUUGUACUAGAUCAAUGCAAGCAAAAAAGAAUCUACCUGAACCUACUCCUUUAAAAAGACGUUUCGAUGAAAUAUUUGCUGCAACAAGAUGGACAAAAGCUAUUGCUAAUAUUACUGAAUUACGAAAAACAGAAGUGCAGAAACUUU